AUGUCAAUUGCUCAUAUAAGCCUGACAUCAGAUUUGGUGCACGAUAUCUCGAAGAUUCAAAAUGAUUCACACUCAAGUGAUAUCGAAAUCGUUUUGCCAAAUGGACAAAAAAUUUUGUGCCACAAAUUAAUACUGUCUUCUCGCUCCUCCACUUUUCGAAAUCUCUUAUCCAUCACCGACAAGUCCAAUUUUUCUUAUGAAGCACCUCUCUUUCGAUUCUCCAAUGUUCACAAGAUGAAAUCUUUCGAAAUUAAUCAAUUAUUCAUGGAAUCGCUACCGUCGGCAAUUCAACUAGAGGAAUUCUCACAAUCGUUAAAACCCGUGUUCGCGUAUCUUUACACCGGGAUGCUUAACUGGGAUAACUACACCGAAGAGAACCAGUUGUUUGCACUGUUGAUAAUCAUAAAAAAAUUAGAGCUAGAAGAAUUGGUAUUCCCCGUCUUGGAGAACUUGAACAAAUCUCUCAGCACCAGAAACGCCAUCCACUUCUUCAACUUAAGUUGCGAGAUGAUCGAUAUGGAGAAAUCACAUGUUUCCUCUUCUACUUUUAAUUCCUUGGCGGUCUCGGAGAUUCGCCCUUCGUCACUUUCCACUCUCUUUCAACAAAUCACAGAGAUCUGCUAUCAAUACCUUCGCAGGGAAGAUGCGUUAAACAGCACCAAAUUCUCCAUUUAUAAUACAAAAAGUAUAUCUUUUAGUGCGCUUAGAUAUUAUCUCGUUCGUGAAUCGAACAAUCGGCUGACAUCUGAAAAUAUCGGCCGUCACGAAAUUGUUGCGCCCACAAGAGACACAGUAGCUUUUAGGUUUUUGGUAGAGUGGAUUAAAACCCAUGAAAAUUGUGAGAUCUUUAUCACAGAUAUACAGAAAGAUGAAUUAUUUGGGUUGAUCGAUCUAAGCGCGGUAGGACCAAAAGUUUUGCUUGAGGAGGUCAUCCCUUCAACACUAAUAUCAUUGCCUCAACUUUACGACGCAAUGAAAUCAAUAGUCAGCGACGUUGUCAAAGCAAACGAACAAGCCAAAAAACACAGCACAGCCUCGACAUUUAGCACGUUGGAUUCCAACACCACCACAUCUAUACCAUCAAUCUCGCUAGUCUCAGAUAGAACAGGAUUUCUGGUAGUUCCGCCAAAACUUGCCACGUCCCUGAAGAAGUUGGGGAAGAAGCACAUUCCUACAAGUCUAAGCCGAAAUAAAUCGUCUCGACGUACCAGCAACAUCGUUGAUUUUCCGCACUUAUCCUCACAACCCUCUCAGAAUGCCCGGAGACCAAUGAAGCAAAUACGGAGCAACCAAUAUUCGAAGUUUCAAACACAAAUGUCCGAACAAGAAUCCGAAAUACUAGAUGGGAGCGAAAUACUUGAUCCUCACAAGGACCUUAGUCGUCAUUCUGAAAUUUCAGCAGCUGUUGAUAGCGUUUUCAAGGCCAUCGCACAAUUUGCUAAAUCUCGGGAUUCAAACGAAUCCGGAGUACCUUUAAGUAGAUCCACAUUUGGUAUAAAGGAUAAUCAAUCGAUCAAAACCAUUUCCACAAAUUCAUCGAAAUCUCUUUUGGUUGGCGGAAAUGAAACUGACACCAGCUACACUAACGUUCAUACCGAAGAUACAAAUUAUAGUAUUGGCAACAAUUAUAAUCCUAACGACGAUACCGUUCAUCGAACUGCUGUCAGCCGGGCGAACACGGUUAACUCUACUCGAACCUCUUUCCCGGACUUUUUACCAAAUAUUGACAUAUCCAGUAGUUCGAGUGACGGGUUUUUUGACGAGAUAUUUAAUAUGAAUGGAAAAAUCGUGGAUGGUUGA